AUUAUCAAUUAGAAAAUUCUGCCAUCAUAAUGCCCUUACCUGAACAUAAUGAAAAAUAAUCCUGAAAAAUGAAAAUAAACUUCCUUUUAUUAAAUGUUGACACAAAUCUCUUUUUCACCUGGACUCUUCAAACUUUUCUAAUUAAUUGUACAAGUUCUGAAGAUGUGAAGAAAAUUGCAGUAGAGACAAAGCUCAUUGGGGUUUUCUGUGCUUUUGGGAGCCUCGUGGUGUAUUUAACGCUGUGAACCUCAGUGCUGAGAGGAGAGAGAAGAGACCUCUCAAGGACAAUAUGUCAGAAGCAAACCCCAACGUGUCUCGGAGUCUUAAUUGGCCCAAGGAAGGACAAUUACUGACAAAGGUUGCGCAGGGACUCCUCGGAGCAGGGGACCGGAGGCCAUGGCUGCAGGCAGACAAAGGCGCUGUGCAGGCAGCUGUAGUGCUGAGAAAAGCCGGGGUUUGCUGUAUGAAACAGAAAGGCAAAGUCCUGACCCAGCCCUGGGAAUGCAGAUGUGUCCAUCACCCAUGGGUCUCCUCCCUCUCUGUGGAUGAUGGGAUGGGACAGUCCCUGAACCACCCAGGGGACUAAGGAAUUAAGUGCUCUGUCUCACUGCUUCCAACCCACCACCUCCUGCUCUCCUCCCCUCGCAUUUUGAAUCGUCCUGACUUUGGAGUCAUCUGCUCUCUUCCUUUCUGUCUCUAAAACCGACUGCAAAGAUGAAGGGAAAACACCAGUCUUUAUUGCACGUAUUUUUCUUGUGCUUCCUUCUGUGAGAUAUGUCUAUUGGUUCUAUAAACAUAAUGACUUAAUGAAGCAGAGAUUUGGGGCUGGAACGGUGAGUUUCAUCUACCUCACUGCGGGCGCCUUUGAGAACCUGUUUUCCCCAGACUCCCUUCAGAGUCAGCAGGGGCAAGAGAAAACUCCAGAGCUGAGGUCCUCCCAGUCUGUAAUUGGAAAGCAAAAGACAGGUUACAAAUACCUCCCAGGUGCAGUUUUCUUCUCUGCAUUCAGGUCGGGACACUCGACAGUGAGAGCAAUGAGCAACUGUUUGGAAAGAGCUGUGUUGCCGUGCAGACAGAUGUCAGCUAAGACUGAGAGACAGACCACGUGGAAUCAUAAACUGCUGUCAUGAUUUACAGUACUGAAGAAGACAACUUGUGCUUGGUUCCUAUUCCACCUUCUUGUCCCCCUUUCUGAAGUGACGGAGAGCAAGAAGCUGUGGGAGAAAGCAGGGGAUUACGGAAGAGACACUUAGUAUUGCUGGGUUUGAAAUACACAGGGAUUCCUGGUCCAAAAAGGCAAGUACUGAAAAGUGGAUGAAUGCUUUCAGCGUUCAUAUUGGGAUUGUUUGAUAGGUGAGCAUUUGUGCAGUAGAAGAGAUGAGUUGGGCACGUGGGUGCGACAGAUGUUUGGAAUAGGUCUGAGUGAAUUUGGAAUUUCCUAGGAAUGAGGUGGAAUAGCUAUCAGCCUCUUUAAAGUCCUCUGUUCUGGAGAAAGAACCCUUUACGGGUGUCUGAGAAAAGCAGAAUGAAGACAACAAAUUCUCUACCUGAAAUGGGGGACUGAAGUACAGCAUGGGUCCAGGGAAUGGAACUGCAGUUACUGAGUUCAUCCUAGAUGGCUUCUCAGGGCUCACCCAAAGACUGCAGCUAUUUCUCUCUCUGGUCAUUCUGCUCAUGUACCUGACAACAGUGAUCGGGAAUGCAACCAUCAUCUUCCUUGUGUGUGUGGAUCACCACCUGCAAACCCCUAUGUACUUUUUCAUCAGCAAUUUGGCCUUCCUGGAAAUCUGGUUCACAUCCUCCACAAGUAUCAAUUUGUUUGUGAUCCUGGGUUUUGGAAGGAGAACGAUUUCACUAGGCACCUGCUUUGCUCAAUCCUAUUUCUGUUUUGCCCUGGGCUGUACAGAGUUUGUUCUGCUUGUUGUCAUGUCCUUUGAUCGCUAUGUUGCUAUCUGCCAACCUUUGCAUUAUGCUGCCAUCAUGAAGCCUCAGCUCUGCAUCUACUUAGUUGUUGCAGCUUGGGUCAUAAGCCUCACACUCUUCAGUUACCGCCUGGUUCUCCUCUAUCAGUUGACUUUCUGUGGCUCAAACAAGAUCCACCAUUUCUUCUGUGACAACUCCCCCUUAUUCAAACUGUCCUGCUCUGACACCAGUCUGCUUUGGAAAACAGACUCUGUUUUAGCAUCAUUUGUCGUCCUGGGUUCUUUAUGUUUAACUCUGGCAUCCUACACGCGCAUCCUUUAUUGUAUUCUGCAUCUUCCAGCAGCCUCUGGGAGGAAGAAAGCUUUUACCACAUGUUCUUCCCAUCUCACCACCUUAGCUAUCGUAUAUGGGAGCUGCAUUGCUCUCUAUGCAUGUCCUUCAGGAGACGUUCCCUUAGAGACCAACAGAAUUGUAGCUUUGCUGAACACUAUUCUGUACCCAUUCUUAAAUCCCUUCAUCUACAGUCUUAGAAACAAGACUGUGAUACAGGCCCUGAACAAAGCCAUCGCCUAUGCAACAAUGCAGCUUUUCCACUUAUUGCGAUGCAUUUCUGGACAGCGAUUCCACUGAUCUGCUGUCAUACUUCCAAUAAUAUCAGUGCCUGUGUAUGGGCCUCCAAAUCUGCCUCGACAUUGAGCAAUGCACUCGUCUGUCCACCGGGGUGGUCUCUACCUUCGUCCGGAAUGGGGCUCGUAUUGAGGGGCACUUACUGAGCAGAGUGAGUGUCUGAGCUCAGCUGCAGGAGGGAUCCACCCUGCACAGCUCUACGUAGAGACUGGAUUUUGUCUAGUCGGGAGACAAAACGGAAUGUAUGAGAUUGGUCGAUAUAUAAUAAGGAAUACAGGCCAACAGCAAAUGCUGUUCAACCCAGAAUGGUCUCUUACAAGUGUUGAACCGCUAAUGCAAACUAAUAUUUCUGAAAUUCAACCAUCAUGCUCUCGUUUCCUAAAAACAUCCUUCGAGGGUUGGACAACCUGGCUGUGAAAACAAAUGCCCUUUGGGGCAGAACACAAAGGGAACUAACUGGAGUGUUAGAGACAGGAUUGGGGGUCCUACAUGGAAUUGACUCAGAAAUACUAAUGAACAAAUUGGCCACUGCCAGUAGUGAUUUAACAAAAAUAAGACACCCUUUGCAGUCUUCUCUAUUAGCUUUAGGAACUAAUCAGUGAACGUUAUCAAAGUGUUACUGAAGUGGGAAAAGGUGGAGGAACGGGACCAUGAAUAAGUAGUAAAUUCACUCGGUGUGAUCCAAGAUAACACUUCUUUGGCUCUCAGUUGUCUACAGGCACAAUUAUGGAUGCAAUCAGCGGCCGCCUUGAUUAUAAGAGAAGGUGGUGAAGGUCCUUUCCCCACCGAAAUCCAGAAAAUUAUUUGGGACAAUGCCACUGACUGGGAGAGGGAGCUUUAAUGCUGGUGAACUCUGGUAAAUUUUACCUAUGACCCCAUCACUAAUACGGCCACAGCCUUUAUGUUGACCAUACCUAAUGCUUCAAUAUAUG